UACGCAUCACACGGCGCUUUUUGUUCUUUACGUGCAUGUACAUUUUUUUUAUUCGUGAAAAUGCUUCGUUAUGUGAUGGUAUUUUUACUUAGUGUUUAUUGUGUCGAAUCUUCGAUAGAUAUCGAAGAAAAUGUACUGGAUAAUAUUCUGCAAGUUAAGACUGAGAAUGGGGUACUUCAAGGCAAAAUGAACUAUGGAAAAAAUAACGAAAGUACAUUUUAUUCUUACCAGGGAAUACCUUUUGGCAAACCACCCAUAGACGACCUAAGAUUUAGGGCCCCCAAACCCUAUGGAAAUUGGUCCGGCAUACUCGAUGCCACCAAGGAACAAUCAGGUUGCGUUGAAGUGCUCAUUAGAAACUAUACCAAAGUCCAGGGGAUGGAAGAUUGCUUAUUUCUUAAUAUAUUUACACCUGAAAACCCAAAUAAAGUCAAAACAUUGCUGCCGGUGUUCUUCUGGAUAUACGGUGGGGCUUACUUGGAGGGUAACACCCAUUUUGAUCGUUGGGGACCGGAUAUUUUGCUAAAGGAAGAUAUUAUAGUGGUGACAUCGAACUAUAGGAUAGGUAUAUUUGGGUUUCUUAGCACAAAUAACAUGGAUUCGCCUGGUAACUAUGGUUUGAAGGAUCAAAACCUAGCGCUACAAUGGGUUAACAAUAAUAUAAAGUACUUUGGAGGUGAUCCUAAUAACAUAACACUAGCAGGGCAGAGUGCAGGCUCUGCCUCCGUUUUAUACCACGUACAAUCAAAGCUAAGUAGAGGUUUAUUUCAUAAGGCUAUAGCACAGAGUGGUAGUUCGUUAUGUUCAUGGUCAUUACAGAUAGAUCCUUUGGAGAUUACUUAUCAGAUAGCGUAUGCUUUAGGAAUGAACACUAAGAAUACAACAGAAAUAGUGGCAAGAUUGAGGAAAGCUACAGUUGAUGAAAUUACUGGUGCCCAACAAAUGACAACUAUAUUGAAUUUCAUAGAGUUCAGAAAAAUUGGUCUAGCAUAUAGCCCAACUUUGGAACCAAAUCAUCCAAAUGCCUUUUUAACUAAAUAUAGUUAUGAAGCUUUGAGAUCUGGUGAUUUUAAUCGAGUUCCUGUUGUAUUGGGCACUACAUCACAGGAGAGUCUUCUUUUUAAACAAUUUAUGAUUUUACUACGACCAGCCGUGAGUUUAUUAUACGAUUCAAGUCCUGGUAUGAUGGCAAUGCCUAAUCUUAACACCAACUCCUUGGCCAAAAAUAGACAAUUUGGUCUUGAAGUUAUGAGAAGGUACUUCAAGCAAGGGCAAUUAUCACAAAGUACUUUCGACCAAUACGCAAACUUUGUAACAGACGAUGCAUUUCUUAGACCCAUCCGCAAAACCAUGCAACUAUUAUCAAAAUUUGUUCCUGUAUAUUUCUAUGUUUUCACAUACGAAGGGAAGUACAUUGCUGAAGGGUUGGAAGGUUUUAAAACCAGAGGUGCAUUAGAUAAAGGUGUUUCUCAUUCAGAAGAUUUGUGGUAUAUGUGGUCCCACAAAAACCUACCAGAGAAGAAGGGUGAUGAUUUAGUGAUGAGCAAACGUUUGACAAGAAUGUGGGGAAAUUUUGUCAAAUACAGUAAUCCUACCCCAUUUGAAGAACCUUUGUUAAAUAAUACAAUAUGGCCGCUGGCGCAGCCAAAUAACCUUGUACAACUAAACAUAAACUUAGAUUUAACUAUUGAGAGUGACUAUAGAAAUGAUUACGUACGAUUCUGGGAAUAUUUGUACAGGAAGUAUGGAAAAAGGCCGUUUAAAACCUACUAGGAUUAAAAUUAUUGUAGCAUAAGUGAAUAAAACCAAAGAAACUAAACGUAUUUAUUAACUCAA